CCUACGGGCCGCGGCGGGGGCGGGGUCUUCCCGCGAUCAAUACUCCACAACGACUCGACUGGAACCAACCACCGCUGUUCUCGUCUCGCUCGCACUAACGUACGACCCUUCGAGGAGCAAGCGAGGCGGCACAGGCCGACGCCAUUCGUCGGAGCGUCUCCCCAUGGGCGUACUCGGACCUUCGUUAGCCGAUAAUCCGACACGGCUCAGUCGGCAAAAGACCGCGUGCUGUGCGCGUGCGUGCACCGCCGCACCCGAACCAUGAGCUCCGCGUGAAUUCCAAUACAGCCACCAUGCUCGUUCCCCCAGAGAUGAUGGCGGCCCAAUCUAAACUAGUCUAUCAAAUGAAUAAGUUCUACAACGAGAGAGUCGCCAACAGGAAGGCGCAAAUAACAAAAACGAUACAUGAAGUGUGUCGGAUAGUGCAAGAUGUACUCAAGGAAGUGGAGUUGCAGGAGCCGAGGUUCAUAUCCUCGCUCACCGACUACAACGGCAGGUUCGACGGCCUCGAAGUGGUCUCGCCCCACGAGUUCGAGAUCGUCAUCUAUCUCAAUCAAAUGGGAGUGCUGAACUUCGUGGACGACGGCUCGCUCCCGGGCUGCGCCGUCUUAAAACUGAGCGACGGGAGGAAGCGUUCCAUGUCCCUCUGGGUCGAGUUCAUCACCGCUUCGGGAUACCUAUCGGCGCGCAAGAUACGGUCGCGCUUCCAAACGUUGGUAGCCCAGGCCUGUGACAAGUGCUCGUAUAGAGAUUGCGUGAAAAUGAUCGCGGAAACGACCGAAGUCAAGUUGCGAAUUCGUGAAAGAUACAUAGUGCAAAUAACCCCAGCGUUCAAGUGCGCCGGCCUGUGGCCGCGGUCCGCCGCACACUGGCCCCUCCCGGCGAUACCCUGGCCGCAUCCCAAUAUAAUCGCCGAAGUUAAAACGGAAGGUUUCGAUUUAUUAUCAAAGGAAUGUCUCGCGUUGCAAGGGAAAAACUCCGCGAUGGAGGGAGACGCUUGGGUGCUGAGUUUCUUAGAGGCGGAGAACCGUCUGCUGCAAGGCGGAUGUCGGCGGAAAUGUCUGAGCAUACUGAAAACAAUAAGAGACCGCCACUUGGACUUGCCGGGUAACCCGGUGACGUGUUAUCACAUGAAGACGUUGUUGUUGUACGAGUGCGAGAAACACCCGCGGGAGCACGAGUGGGACGAGGCCGCCAUCGGCGACCGGAUCAACGGGAUCUUCCUGCAGCUGAUAUCCUCGCUCCAGUGCCGACGCUGCCCCCACUACUUCCUGCCGCACGUGGACCUCUUCAAGGGCAAGUCGCCGACGGCGCUGGAGAACGCGGCCAAACAAGUUUGGAGGCUGACCAGAGAGAUGCUCACUAAUUCCAGAGCCUUCGAGAAGCUGUGAGCUAGUGUGCAGUGAUGUGAGUGAGUGCGGCGUGUAGUUGUUCGCAAGUCAUAUGUAUUGACGUAGGUAGCGUGUGAGGCCCGCGACGAGUUAGCGAGAUGAGGUAAUGGCUCGCACGGAUCUACAGACUGUAAGUAGAAGUGACACGUACUUCCUACUAAUAGAAUUAGUAUGAUUUUAUUCUAUUAUAUUUUGUGAUAUAUAAAUGUAAAUAGCUUAAUCGUUGUACAAUUCUAGUGAUAGAUAUAUUUUUAAUUUAAACGAAAACCGUGUAUUUAUUUGACUGAAAAAUCUUUUAGUAGGCAUAUAAAAAAGUAUGGUUAAAAUAAAAUUA